UCUUCUACAGAAGGAAAAUGAGGUCCUGCUCGCUUCUGAACAAUGCAAAUGAAGAUUCUCCAAGUGGUAAUAUCAUUAUUACCACGAUUAAAGAAUCGGAUGCUGUAAAAUAUUCAGAGCAUCUCCUUCCAGCUAAACUUCCAGCGCUGAUGGAGGAGAGGAGGAGAAACUGAUGAGGGUGGGAGGUCUGCGCUUGAGCACGUAGCCUGCUUACAAAUUAACACCAAACUCGGACAGCGUGAGAGAGUUUGUGCAGCUCCGCUCCGGCUCUCCUCGCCUCCUCGGAGGAAUCUGCGGAUCUCCACUCCAGCGGUGCGCCACGCCGCUCCAGACCCGACUGCGCGCCCGCCGCGCACCCCCCGCCCCGCCGUGCCAAGAGAUUAACCGACAACAGCAGACCGCGACACUGCAGCAGGCGACGGAUCUGCGAAAGAGCCGAGGCUCGGGACGGAUGUGGCGCGCCACGCCUGAUCCGCGCGGGAGGACGCAUGCACAGGAGCGCGCCUGUUUCUGCUUCUCCACUUUCUUUUCCGCUCAAAAAGCACGGAGCGGAGGAUGCUUUCGCCUCUCGACGAGCCUUCUCCCGGACACUGACUCUUUCAUCAUCGAGUCCGCCUCCUUAAAGGACACUUUAUUGAUCACCGACAGCGGAUCCGACUGAGGAUUACUUUACUGUAAAUCAAGAUCGAGCCCAAGUGUGAGACGAAUGGUUUGGGCAUGGUGCCCACGCCCCAGGUGUGCGUCUCAACCCUGGUCACGGUGAGCACGAUGGCAGUGGUGGACCUGUACCUGCUGGAGCAGAGCAUGCUGGGAGCUCGUGGUGUGUCGGGACCCAGCGUGUGGCAGUAUGUGGCGGUGUUGACAGGAGACGUGGGUUUCCUGCUCGCUCUGCGCUUCGUCUCAGCUGGCAUGGUUUCGGAGGCGCGGUCGCCACGCCGGGGGUUUGCCAACGCCCUUUGGUUCCUCUUUUUGUCCCUCCUCCAGCUGAAGCUCUUCUUUGUUUGCCAUAACUACCGACAGGAGCGCCGCCCGCCCGACCCACUGGCCAGGAAAACCCUAACCCUCCUGCUGUCCAUCUGCUUGCCCUCCCUGUUUCUCAUCUUGACAGGAGCUGACCACAUGACCCCGCAGCGCAGGAAACAGGAGGUGCGGGGUCGGCUCUUGUGGGUAGUAGUUGACUUGCUGGAUGUGUUGGACCUGCAGGCUGGACUGUGGGAAGCGCAGGGAGCAUCUGCGGCGGGGGCUGGAGCGGUCGUCGAGCUCAAGCUGCCCAUCUGGGCGGAGGGCCUGGUCUUCUUUUACUGCUACGCCCUCUUGCUGCUGCUACCAUGUGUGGCCCUUACAGAGCUGGGGACAACUGGCCUGCCAGGACAGAGGGGACCCCGUAGGGAGGCUUUGUACCCCUGGCUCAGCUUAGUCACAAUCAACAUCUUCACCUUAGUCCUGAGGAGCAUAGGCAUGCUGUGGUACAGAGACCCCCGCGUGUCGACUGUGUUUCUAGGAAAAAACCUGCUGGCUCUGGCUGUGAAGCUGAGCUCAGCCUGGGAGAGACACAAGCAGGAGCACAGUGCUGCAGGAGCUGGAACUGUGGCUGGAGCAGAACCAGGAGGCUCUGCAGUGCCAAGCCAGAAUUCAGAGCAGGAAGAGGCCCGGCCUCAGGGCAAAGCUCCUCCCUCUCAUUAUCACACACUGUCUCGCUCCCAAAGCCACACGCUCUCCCACGUCAGCCUGGAACCCACAGCAUCGCCCUUAGGAUCCUCUUUCAUCUCCCAUGAACUGUAGAGAAUCAGUCUGCAGAUGUACGCAUACGGAAAUGUGCACACAAGAACUGAAACACACGGACUACCGAAGCCAGCAUCACAUCCCAACAGAAAACUUGUAUCAAAUUCCACAGAACGGGAUAACAUAAAGCUGUGGAAAUGAAUUUGGCAAGCUGGGCAUUUUGUUGUGCUGAGAAUAUGUACAAAUGCUGUGAUUUAUUUAGGGGGGGGCGAUUUGAAAAGGAAGCACUGUGAGCACAACUGUCAGAUUAAAGAACAGUCUAAAAACAGUUGAGGUCUAACAGUGUUCACUGUUGUACAUCUGAGACUUUGUGGUGAGAUAUCUUUUUUUCCUAAGAACAAGUGUUUUUGUUAGAUUUGUUUGCAGAUAUGCAGUGAUGUGUGUGUGCGGUAGUGAGAGAGAGGGGGGGUCCUUUUAUAUGGCUCAAAGAACAGCUCUGCCAAUUAUGAACCUUUCAGGGUUUUUUUAUAACUAUUCGUAUUCUGUUUUGUGUCCUUAUCAUUGUAGAUUGUAGAGCUGCUUUCGUAUAAAGAUAUUUUCAAACUCA